AGCCAGAGCCAACUUCCACCAGUCUCCUUCCCAGGCUGGGGUGUGGUUCACUCCACCCCUCUCGGUUGUUUUUAUCACACACUCCCAGCCCUGGGAACUCAGUUUCCCAAUCAGAGAGCCAAUUAAAGGUGUGCGGUGGGGGGCACUCCACCACCGUCUCUACUUCUCCCUAGACGUUGACUUCUGGGCCAGUCAGUGUAGGAACCUCCCAGUGGGACAGGGAGUGAUCCCGGGGACUCGGCAGAGAAACUGGGAAUGCAGAAGAGUGAGCAACAGGUCACCCUGCAAAUCUGGAAGAUCCCCUUCCCCACCGCCCUCCACACCCCCACCCCUGGCCUGACACAAUGGCUGGGUGGGGCUGAGGAACUGGCUUCCUCUGUGGAGAUGGAAAUCUGGGCCUUCAGUUCCCGCCCCAGAGACGCGGGGACAUUUAUUUGGAGACGUUGGGCAGCAUUUGGUGCUCCAAGGGGGCAGGAAGAUAGACUGAAAACAGAAACUACCCCAAACCAUAAAGGGGAUGACUUCCGCAGAACACCUCCCUCCUUGGAAACACUCAGAAGACGAUGUCAGCCCAGUCCCUUCCUGCAGCGACGCCCCCCACCCUGAAGCCCCCUCGGAUCAUCCGCCCCCGCCCUCCUUCUCGCCACCGGGCUCCCCACUCCCCGGGGCCUCCCCACAAUGGCUCCUCCUCGAAAGCGCUUCCCCAGAUUCCCAAUGACGCGUCGGCCUCAAUGUGCACCUCCAUCUUCUGGGAGCCCCCCGCGUCUUCCCUGAAGCCCCCCGCCCUUCUGCCCCCCUCAGUCUCCAGAGCCAGCCUGGACUCUCAGACGUCCCCCGACUCGCCUUCCAGCACACCCAGUCCCAGCCCGGUGUCCCGGCGAUCCGUCUCCCCGGAACCAGCUCCCUGCUCUCCAGUGCCCCCACCCAAGCCCUCUGGGUCGCCCCGAACACCCCUGCCCUCGCUCCCGAUGCCUCUCCAGGAUGGCUCUGCCUCGGCCCCUGGCACGGUUCGCAGACUGGCCGGCAAGUUUGAAUGGGGGGCCGAAGGCAAGGCCCAGUCCUCAGACUCCCUGGAGCGGUGCUCCCAAGGGAGCUCGGAUGUGAAUGGGGAGAGAGAGACUCCCCAAGUCGUCCUUUCCGGGAAUGGGUCCCAGGAGAAUGGCACUCCGGUUACAGAUGCUGCCCUGGCCUGCCCUCCAUGCUGCCCCUGUGUCUGCCACGUAGCAAAGCCUGGCCUGGAGCUCCGAUGGGUGCCUGUGGGGAGUUCGGGAGACAUCCUCAGGGCCCCCUGCCGAGCAUCCCCACGGCGAGCCUCCCGCUCCCGCAUCAACCCACCAGUCAUCAGCCACCCUCCAGUUAUCCUCACAUCUUACCGCUCCACUGCCGAGCGCAAACUCCUACCUCCCCUCAAGCCCCCCAAGCCCACUCGCGUCAGACAGGAUACCAGUACCUCUGGGGAGCUUCCGCAGCCCGACCUGGACCUGCCUUCGGAAGACGGGAUCCAAACAGGGGACAGGCCUGAAGAAGCACCUCAGAAUGUUCCCCCUGCAGCCUUGGAGGGAAGGGAUGAGGAGGGGCUGGAGGGAUUGAAGGAACAGCAGUGGGAGCUGCCCCUGCAGGACGAACCUUUAUACCAGACUUACAGAGCAGCUGUACUGUCAGAGGAGCUGUGGGGUGUGGGUGAGGAUGGGGGCCCCUCUCCGGCUAAUCCCGGAGAAGCUCCCACCUUCUCCAGGCUCCCUGGACCUCGGAACACUCUGUGGCAGGAGCUCCCGGCUGUGCGAGCCAGUGGUCUCUUAGAGAGCCUAAGCCCCCAGGAAAGGCGUAUGCAGGAGAGCCUGUUUGAGGUGGUGACCUCAGAGGCCUCCUACCUACGCUCUCUGAGGCUACUGACCGACACCUUCGUCCUGAGCCGGGCUCUCCGGGACACACUCACUCCUCGGGAUCACCACACACUUUUCUCCAACGUGCAGCGAGUCCAGGGUGUCAGUGAGCGGUUUCUGGGAACAUUACUAUCCCGGGUCCGUUCUUCCCCACACAUCAGUGACCUGUGCGACGUGGUGCACGCCCACGCGGUCGGCCCCUUCUCAGUGUAUGUGGAUUACGUCCGGAACCAGCAGUAUCAGGAGGAGACCUAUAGCCGCCUUAUGGACACUAACGUGCGCUUCUCUGCGGAGCUACGACGGCUGCAGAGCCUCCCCAAAUGUGAGCGGCUUCCACUGCCAUCUUUUCUGCUAUUGCCCUUCCAGCGCAUUACCCGGCUCCGGAUGCUGCUGCAGAAUAUCCUAGGCCAGACAGAGGAGGGGUCCAGUCGCCAGGAGAAUGCCCAGAAGGCCCUGAGUGCUGUGAGCAAGAUCAUUGAGCGCUGCAGCGCUGAAGUGGGGCGCAUGAAGCAGACGGAAGAGCUGAUCCGACUCACCCAAAGGUUGCGCUUCCACAAGGUCAAGGCUCUACCCCUGGUCUCCUGGUCACGGCGCCUGGAAUUGCAGGGGGAGCUGACAGAGUUGGGAUUUCGGAGGGGGGGUGUGCUCUUCACCUCCCGCCCCCGCUUCACUCCCCUCUGCCUGCUGCUCUUCAGUGACCUGCUGCUUAUCACUCAGCCCAAGAGUGGGCAGCGGCUGCAGGUUCUGGACUAUGCCCAUCGCUCCCUGGUGCAGGCCCAGCAGGUUCCUGACCCAUCUGGACCCCCUACAUUCCGCCUCUCCCUUCUAAGCAACCACCAGGGUCGCCCCACCCACAGGCUACUCCAAGCAGCCUCACUGUCGGACAUGCAGCGCUGGCUGGGAGCUUUUCCCACCCCGGGUCCCCUUCCCUGUUCCCCAGACACCAUCUAUGAGGACUGUGAGUGUUCCCAGGAGCUGUGUUCAUCAGAGCCAUCGACACCUUCCAAGACAGAGGGCCAAAGUCUGGAUUCCAAGGCCCCCCGCAAGCAUCCACACAAGAAUCCUGAAGGUUGGCUGAAGGGACUUCCUGGAGCCUUCCCUGCCCAAUUGGUGUGUGAAGUCACGGGAGAACAUGAAAGGAGAAAGCAUCUCCGCCAGCACCAGAAGCUGCUUGAGGCUGGGGGACCCUCUUCAGGCACUUCUGACACCCCUCAACCUUGAUGCAGGCUGGGGAGGGGGCACAGACUGGGACUCUGGCAGCAGCAAGGAGAUGACAAAGUCUGCCCAUCUGUCCAUAUCUGUCCAUCAUCUAUUUGCUGUCGGUGGGAACACUACCUCUAGUGGUACCCAGUACAGAUAGAGCUUCAGGACAGCAGUAAUGAAAGAGGCCAUCUGAGCCCACAACAAGAAAGAAGGAGUGGCUUGAAUGUGUUGCCAAUGGAGACAGAGUGGCCAAGGCCAAGACCCUGGCUAUCAAGUAUCACCAUGGAAGAGGAAGCCGGGGCAAUGCGUUGAAAUGGCAUUGUUGGAGUAUCUCUGUAGACAACAGGGAUGGGCAGGAACCCAUUCAGCCAAAGAAGAUGGUGACUUGGGCCCAAGAGACCAGUAAUCACCCUACUUGGUUCUACAGAAGCCACUGGUCCUGUCCUUUGAAUAUAGGAAGUAUUAAAUUAAUCUAAUACUUCUAUUUCUGGACUACUUCUUAUGCCCUUUCAAAUCACUUCCUUUCUUCUAGAAGAAUCCAGGGUAUGUCUCGGAGAACAUGUGUCCAUGUGUGUCCAUGUGUAUAUGUAUCUAGGAAGGCAAUUCUGCUGAACAUGGUGUGUGUGUGGGUGAGAGAGAGAGAGAGAGAGAGAGAGAGAGAGAGAGAGAGAGAGAGAGAGAGCGCCAGUCCUGUUAGUGACCGAAAAUGUCAUUUUUUUUCCUGUUAUUUUCUCCAAAGAAGACGUUUGGCCUGAGUUCUAAAGAAAGUACAGGGUACAGCUUGGCCAGAGGCUAGGACUGUGGAUGACAGCCAUGGAACCUGGGUCUCUUGGGUAUCUCCAGGUUUCAAGACAGCUGAAGGGUGAUGUUAUGAAGCAGUCCAGUGGCCUGGCAGGGCACCGAGGAACUAAGUAGCUGGGAUGAAAGAUCCUCUGCAGUCUGUGAAUAUUUUCCUGUCCCAAACAUUGACCUCCACAACCCAUGUCUGCUCUGCAUAUCUCCCAAGCUGAACUGUCAUCGUGUCAGCCAGCCUCGGGCUGCAGAAUGAGUCCCAGGCCAGCCGCUGACCGUCCUGGGAUUCACUUCAUCUAUCUCGAUCCUUUCAGAAACAGAGGGCCGAGCUCAGUGGAGGGAGUAGAGAGCUGGGGGCGUUGCCCAGCCUCAACCACAGUUUCUGCUGAUGAGAACUUGUCCUGCCUGAUGCUGGAGAGGUGAGGGCAAGGACAGUAGAGCGGACGAUGGCUGGGGUUGGAUUUCAAGCCUGGGCAAAGGCUCUCUGCACAACUGUGCAAUGCCCUUCCUUCAUGUCCUUCAACGUUCUUCUUACAACCUGCCCAGAUAGAAACUGCCGUGAUGACUAGGGAGGUGGGAUGACUCUGGGGACUCGAAGGCAGAAGGGCACUUGGCUUGUCCACAACUUUCACCCCGCAAAGUGCCAGCCACAUGGGAAACCCUCAAUAAAUGUUGCUGGCUUUAUACUGAAGUUCUUCG